AUGACCCGAGUGCUAUUGACCGGAGGGAGUGGGUUCAUCGCGGCCCAUACCAUCGAUGUGCUCUUGAAGCGAGGGCACUCGGUCGUCACGACAGUGCGCACACAGGAGAAAGCCGACAAGAUUAAAGCGGAAUACAAAAGCUAUGUAGAUAAAGGCCAAUUGGACUUUGCACUGGUGCCAGAUAUCGCCCAGGAAGGCGCGUUUGACCAAGCGGUCGUUUCCGACCCGCCCUUCGAAGCCGUUGUUCACACAGCUAGCCCAUUCCAUUUCAACGUUACAGACGUUCAGAAAGACCUUAUCGACCCUGCCGUCAUCGGUACUACCGGCAUUCUCAAAUCGAUAAAAAAGAGCGCUCCCACCGUCAAGCGUGUCGUAAUCACAUCUUCCUUCGCCGCGAUUGUCGACGGAGACAAGGGAUUUUGGCCCGGACACACGUACUCAGAAGACGAUUGGAACCCCAUGACGACGAAGGAGGGACAAGAGAACCCGAUAAAUGGGUACCGAGCGAGCAAGACAUUCGCCGAGAAGGCCGCGUGGGACUUCGUCAAGAACGAGAAGCCCAACUUCAGCUUGUCCACCAUCAAUCCUCCCAUGGUAUAUGGUCCAGUUGUGCAUGGGCUUCUCAGCCUCGAAAACCUGAACACAUCGAAUCAGCGAAUCCUAUAUGCCGCCCAAGGCAAGUUCAAAGACGAGAUCCCACCCAGUGGGGUGCAUCUCUGGGUUGACGUGCGUGACGUAGCCGAGGCACACGUAGCUGCCUUCGAGAAGCCGGAAGCUGCUAACAAGCGCUUCCUCACGACUGCCGGCUAUUUCUCCAACAAGGAGCUCUGCCAAAUCAUCAAGAAGAACUUCCCCCAGUACAAGGACUUGCCGAGCGACUCCACACCAGGUGGCGACUAUCCAGAGGAGCAGUUUGUCCAAUUCUACUACAAGACAUUCGAUGAGAACCGCGCUGGCCUCGCCCAACUCUACAAAGAGACCUCGAUGCUCACCUUUGAAGCGCAAGGAACUCAAGGAUCAGCCGCCAUUGUAGAGAAGCUACAAAAUCUGCCCUUCCAACAGAUACAACACCGAACCGACACUGUCGACGCCCAGCCCUCCGCUGAGGAUGGCAUCUUGGUCUUGGUGACCGGUGCGCUUCUGGCAACUUGGAGGCGAAGACAAGCCCAUGAGCUUCACCCAGGCUUUCCAGCUAAAGAAAGACGGCGAGAGCUUUUACGUCCUGAAUGA